AUGUGAUGAGGGAAAGGGAAGGUGGAAUGGUUGCAAUCAAGCCCCAAGAAUGUAGGACCUUCCCACAAGCCUACCUGUAGGAACUGGUUCUCAAGAAGCCCGUCAAUCUCCAACCCUCCAAAAGCUCCUUGUCUUUCCAAAAUUCCUUUUCUAAUUUUGUGCUUUCUCCCUUUGUUAAAUUUAAACAUACUCAAAGAAUCAAGCUUCAGUAGAAGCCAUGGAAAGAGAAGCCAACAACGGUACUCGUACUCAGGACGCUUCAUUUUCUUCUUACCUCAGAAGGGCAGAAGGUAACUUUGUAGUCAAGUUUGCAGGAUCAGUUCAUAUUCCGAAUCCCCCUCCUGCCACGAAGACUGAGGGUGAAACCGGCGUCUUUGGUGCGGAGAAAUAUUUCAGCAUGAUGGUGGAAGAUGACGGUCCACGACUUGUGGACUAUGACACAAGCAAAUUUGGGCAGAAGAAGAAAGAAAAUAGGGGUGGUCAGCAGCACAAGCAACCAAAGAGCAGGCCAGGAACUCCGAGUACUUGUUCUGAAGCGAGUUGGAACAGCCAAAGCGGCUUGUUAUCUUGGAUGAGGACCCCGUCUCAGAGCAAGAAAAAAAAGGUAAAUGGAAAGAUCAAUAUCUUUUCGAGUUUUAGCUGCAAUGGAUCUUGCUCAGAUAAGAAAUCCAUAUCUGUUCAUGAGAUGAAUGCCGGGCAUGGAGGUCACGGCGAUAAAGAUUUUAGGAAGCAAAACGUUGGGAAUAUUGAUCACAAUCCUGCUAAGCAGCCUCAACCAAGAUUUAAGGCAAGAGAUGAGGUGUACUACUCCAGCUUUGAAAGGUCAAACAAGGAAGAGCAUUCCGCAUUGGCAAAUCUGAACUCCGGUGCGCAGAAAUUGUCAGGUAAAUCACAGUUGGAAGAGAAGAAAAUGAAAGAACAAGAAGGUCCCCGGAAAUUGCUCGAGGUGUUUGGAUCCCAAAGGAUGAAGGAAGACAAUGUCGCAAUAAAUUCAGAGAGGAGAUCGUCCAUGCUAACUUCGGAUGCCAUUCCAAAAGCUCCAGUGAUGAAUGAAGAUGCCGAGAGUGAUGCUAGUUCUGAUUUGUUCGAGAUUGAGAGCCUAUGACCUGCCACCAGGGAUGAGUCCAGUGACACCGGCAUGGAGAAAAUGGCGGUAAAAGGUCUUACACCGGCUCCAACAACGAUUGGCAAUUGGAAUCUUCAAUGUAAUUAGGGAAAGUUACCAUUUGAAACUGGUAAAAUAAUUCUUUGAGAAAAUUGUUCCAAAUUUAUCAUGAACUUCACUUUCUGAUUUUAUCUUGCUCAUGUAUUUCAUUUCUACUAGUUGAAUGCAUGAAUUCAAUUUAGAAACCUUA